AAACAGGAUUAUGCAAGAGGAAAACCUUUUGCAAGACUUUGCAAAAAAGAUCAAGCCACGGUUUAUAUAGAUCUUAAAAAAAUAACUAAAGAGGAUUGGAACAAUUAUAAAGAAAAACUAGAAAAAGAAUUAAAGAAACUCUUUAGAAAUAAAGAAAAAGGUAGAGAACAACAACAACUAUCCAGCAUAACAAACUUACAAAAAAAUGUAGAUCUCGAUGAAACCUGGGAAAAAAUACAAAGAGCAAUUCAAAAAGAUACAACAAUCUCAUACGAAGAGCAGGUGAGCAAGAAAGCAAAAGAAUGGCUAGCAGUAUUAAAAGACAAAUAUAUAGAAGAUCAGUCCAAAGCAAGUACACAAGAUUGCCAAGAAGAAAUCAAUGAUAGAAGAGAGCUUGAGAUAUG